CUUUUUGUGCUGUUGGGUUCACUGGCGGAUAUGACGUUGUUGCGCUUGUUGGUUGCGCUGUUUUGUGCUGCGGCUGCUGCUGCGCAUGGUGUGGUUGCGGCAGAGAGCGACGGUGACGGGAAGCAUGGCGACUUGAUCACAAGCCUGCCAGGGCUGGAGAAGAUGCCGGACUUCAAGAUGUACUCUGGGUACGUGACGGUGGACAAGGACCACGGCCGCGCCCUGUUUUACUUCUUUGCUGAAUCGCAAAACGAUCCAUCCACAGACCCCAUCAUCCUCUGGCAGCAAGGCGGGCCAGGGUGUAGCUCGCUGGUUGGAAUGAUGACGGAGAACGGACCCUUGAGGGCCAAAGUCGGAAAGAAAGGUGGCGUGGCCAUCGACAUCAACGGCUGGAGCUGGAACCGGUUUGCCAACGUGCUGUAUGUGGAUGCACCGGCAGGCGUUGGCUUCUCGUACAGCAACACAAGCAGCGACUACAACACCAACGACACCAAGACGGCCAUCGACAACUACGCCUUCCUGCAAGGCUGGUUCGACAAAUUCCCGCAGUUUGCCAACCAGUCCAUCUGGCUCACGGGCGAAUCGUACGGCGGCAACUACGUGCCACAGCUCGCCCAGCAGAUCAUCACGGGCAAGGACAAGUCGCUGUCCAGCCGCCUCAAGGGCUUUGCUGUCGGCAACCCUGUCUUUAGCUGCGACGCGUGGAAGGCAACCCAGGGCAACAUCCAAGCCAAUCUCUACUACUGGCACGGCCUGAUCCCGCUGAGCAUCUACAACGAGUGGGAGCAGACUGGGUGCGCGCGUCCAUAUCCGCCCUCAGACUGUGAUGCCAUUAUGAAGCGCAUGACAGAGAUGGUCGGUGACAACUUUGACCCAGACAACCUCUUCUCCGACCUCUCCCUCGGCAACGCCACGCUCGGUGUUGGUCCUGUCGUGCCGCCAAAUGAGACCGUGUAUGCGCUCAGAAACACAUGGCUGAACCAGAAGGAUGUGCAGGCUGCGCUGCACGUGCACGACGACAAGCGCAAGUGGGUGACGUGCUGUGCCGAGCCCGGGCAGUCUGGCGGGCACUGCCAACUCAACUACACCAACCACUGGGCCGACAUUCUCCCACUCUACCGCCUCUUCUUCGACAAGCGCCCCGACCUGCGCAUCCUCGUGUACAGCGGCGACCUCGAUAUUGCCACCUGCCCGUUUGCAUAUGCGCAGCUGUGCCUGUCCGAGCUUGGCUACACGGCGACGCGCCAGUGGCAGCCGUGGCGGGUGCCGGGCGGCGCGAACCAGACGGCCGGGUAUGUGGAGGUGUAUCCGCGGUUCACGUAUGCGACGGUGAAGGGUGCUGGGCACGAGGUGCCGCAGUUCCAGCCCGCAGCAGCGUUCCACAUGGUGUCCAAGUUUAUCAACGCCAGCUUCCCCUGA